AUGAAGACUCAUCAGCCUCUGCAUGUGGCCACUCCAGUGAGGGAGAGUCUCCCCUUGACUAAAGUGGCAGGAACUUCAGUCUAUCUCAAACUGGAUUCAUCCCAGCCUACAGGCUCCUUUAAGAUAAGAGGCAUUGGGCACUUAUGCAAAACUUGGGCAGAUCGAGGGUGCGAGAGGUUCAUCUGCUGCUCAGGAGGAAACGCAGGCAUGGCUGCAGCCUAUUCUGCCCGCCAGCUGGGCAUACCUGCAACCAUUGUCAUUCCCAGUGUCACCCCAAACCCCACAGUGGACCGUCUGAGGGAUGAGGGUGCCACCGUGGUCAUUCAUGGCAAGGCUCUUAAUGAAAGCAUAGAGUAUGGACAGCUGCUGGUGGCCAACAACCCAGGCUGGAUAUUCAUAUCUCCCUUUGACGACCCCCUCAUCUGGGAGGGCCACACAUCUCUGGUGAAGGAGCUGGAGCAAGACAUGAAUGAGAAGCCAGGGGCCAUCGUGCUGUCAGUGGGAGGUGGAGGACUGCUGAACGGGGUGGUUGAGGGGUUACGGCGUGCCAGUUGGGCUGAUGUGCCCAUCAUCGCCAUGGAAACCAUAGGAGCUCAUAGCCUCAGUGCAACCAUGAAGGCAGGGGAGCUUGUCACCUUACCCGCUAUCACCAGUGUUGCCACCACACUUGGCCUGACAAGGGUCUCUGCACAGACUCUUAAGCUGGUGGAGGAGCACACAGUCUUCUCAGAAGUAAUCACAGACCAGGAGGCAGUAAAGGCUGUGGAGCGCUUCGUAGAUGAUGAGAAGGUUCUGGUGGAGCCCGCCUGUGGUGCUGCACUCGCUGCUGUGUACAGUGGUGUCAUCAAAAGGCUGCAGAAUGACGGCAAGCUGGAGCAGCAGCUAGGACCAGUGGUCAUUGUAGUGUGUGGUGGAAACAACAUCAGCAUGGAGCAGCUGCAGAGGUUGAAAAAACAGCUCGGUGUUAUCUAGCAUGCCAUUGCUUUUUUUCUUCCUGCUUCUCCAUCAUCUGCUCGGAAAAUCUGUUCCAUUGUGCUCCAUAGACCGAAUCAUUCCACAAAGUGACACACUUACUGAGCACAGGGAUGGACAGACUGACAGUGAAACUGAGCUGCUGGAAGCAUAUUUAUCUGUAAAAAAAAAUGUACUUUUUGUGUUGUCUUGGUUAUGCACUAUAUUUCAAUAGUAUGACAAUUGGAGAAAAUCAAAGCUAUACAUUACUGCUUGUGUGAAUGCACUUCUA